AUGCCCGAAUCUACAACUAUUCCACCCCUGCUCUAUAAUAAUUUAACUUCACCCAUAAAGAGAAGAUAUUAUACUCCGUAUGAGGUGAGCGAGCAUAAUUGUAUUGAUGAUUGUUGGGUGUCGUUUUUAAAUAAGGUUUACAAUCUGACACCACUGAUCAAGCAAAACAAAUCAUCUCAUUUGAUUGAGCCAAUUGUUGCAAAUGCUGGUCGAGAUAUUUCGCAUUGGUUUGACCCAGCAACGGAAGACAUUAAAACAUGGAUAGAUCCAUUAACUAAUGAGAGAUGUUAUUAUACACCAAUGAAACGCUUUCUUCAUAUCCCGCCACCUCCAUACGAGGCUAAAGGCACUCAGAAAGAACCACAACCAAACAUUCCUUGGUGGAAAGACAAGAAAUAUCAAGUGGGAUUACUUUCAAAAAAAACGAGAUUUAUCAGAAUUAUCAACACCCUUACUCAUGACGACCAUCAAAUUGAAGUCUGUUCCGAGGAAACUCUUUCAGAGAUACUUGAGAGAUAUUUGAAGUUCAAUGGUCAUGCAGCAAGUUAUACAUGGAAAAGACUUGGACAGGCUCUUGAUAUGAGUAAAACAUUGGCGGAAAAUGGAAUAGAGGACGAAGAUCAAGAAUUCGAAGAGUUGGGAAUAAGAGACGAUUAUUAUAUACCUGCAAUACAUCUCAUGUACAAUGACGACCUGACCAUUGGAUGA